CCUGUUAUUUGAGCGCUCGUGAAGGCGGCGGGCAACAGAUGCCCCGUCCAGGCUGUGUUAGUCCGUUAAGAAGCCACUAGUCCAAUUAACCCAGAGGGUAGAGAAAAUCCACGCAUGAAGGCAAUUAGACUAACUUACUGCUCUUGGGCUUGACCAUGAAUAUGAGCGCUGCUCCGGUGUGUGAUGACUACCUGAUACGACUACCCGCCAUCAACAACCGAGUCGGAUAACAAGAAACGCACCAUCAAUGAGAUGCUGGUGUAUUUUAUGCCAUUACUGACAGACACGAUUUGGGCUCACACACGGUAAGCCUUUAUAAGCUUCCGGAGAGUUGCUGCAUGCAGGCCUGCACGCGCGUCAUCUUGAGACGACACGGAGUUUCCUCGCGGGCCGUUUAUGAAAGCAGCUGGUUAAGAUGGAACUGUUCACUGAUGUUCUGCUCGUCACUGCAAACGUCGGCUCGCUCUUUGACAACGUGGGUGAUAUUCAAAAUGGAUGGUUACAAGAGCUGUAUAAGACCAUCCACAACUACAAGCCGCAGUUCAUCGCCCUGCACUUCCAGGAGGUGGGAGGGAAAGACUACAUGGUCAACAUGGGUAAUGCAGAAAACUUCUUCAGGAACAUUGAAUCCAGUGAGGAAAUGAAAGAUUUUGACCGGGUUUGCAUUUAUGUGGACAACCAGUUCCAAGCAGAAGACAGCUUUACGGCUUUAGGGAGCAUGUACUUCAUCCACAAGACACUGAAAAAUAUCUAUCAAUAUGACUUUAAUGUUAAGGAUUUUAAAGCCGUGCAGGGACAGAACAAGUAUGUGGGCUCUCUGGACAGGGUCACCACUGUGGAAAAAGAAAAAUUCCCAAAGAAUUUCUGGCCUGAUUUCAAGUGGUCCAGAAAGGGCUUCAUGAGGACCCGCUGGAUCAUACACAACCAAGGUCUAGACCUGGUUAACAUCCACUUGUUCCAUGAUGCCUCCAACCUCGUUGCCUGUAACUCCAGUCCUUCCAUUUACUCCUCCAACCGCAAAAAUGCUCUCAGAUAUGUCGUCAACAGGAUAUCAGAUGACCGCUACACUGCUCUUCCUUUCUUCCUGUUUGGAGAUUUUAACUUCCGUCUGGACACUCUGAGUCUUGUCCAGCAUCUGUCCAUCGAAGCGGACGUGCAGACAGUGAAGAAGGACAGCAGCAAUGAAGUGGAGAAAAUGAUAUGGGAAGAAAAAGACAAUGACCACCAGGUGCUGCUUCAGAUCGAGGAGAAGCUGUUUGCUUACCUGCACCAGGCAGUUUUCAGAGAGGACAAUGGCAGAGCACUUUUGAAAUAUGACAAAGAAGUCACAGCCUUUCACGAUGUUAUUAUGGAAGAAGACAUCAAGUUUCCACCCAGCUACCCCUACAGCGAAGACUACACUAAACCAACGCAGUACAUGAACACUCGCUGUCCUGCCUGGUGUGAUCGUAUCCUCAUGUCACACACUGCCCAUGAUUUCAUCCACAUGAGGGAUGACGAUGAGAAGAGUGUUGUUUACAACACAAUAGGCCCUAAUGUCUGUAUGGGAGACCAUAAGCCUGUUUUUUUGUCCUUCUCACUGAAGACAAAUAACCACUGACUCUGAUCUUUCUCAAUGCCUCCUGCAGGGCGUGGGGCUUACUUCAGUCUGAGUUGUGAACUCUCCAGUUAACUCGCUGUCUCACUUCUGAUGUCACUGCCAUUCAGCUGUGGACCUCAGUACUAGCCCUGAUUUGUCUGCGCUUAUUCCAGACCUGUAUCCUGUUCUCAGAUCUUCAGUCUUCUGACCUGAAAGUUGGAAGUCAUCAUGAAUGUUCCUGAAACUCCACCCCUGAGACACGGAGACUUCGUUUUUAAUUGGACCAAAUGAAUGGACCUUAAAAUGAAUGUAAUACAUUUUGAUUAGAGAUUUUCUGAUUUGCAUUUGUGAAUGUAAGCCUUUCUUGCAGCCAGUGUUUAAAAAAAUGGUAAAAACAAAAGUAUAUGAUAGAUUUACUCAUUCCUAACUGCCCCCAGUAAAUGAUUAAAACCGCCAGCUACAAAUGAGGUCUUUUAGCUCAUAGUUUAAAAUCCAGUAUUCAAGUUUAAAAAAAUUGUGGAUUUUCUCAAACUAUCCAGCUGUGUGACUCAAACUGCUUUUGUGCUGCGAAAAGUCACUAUACAUGUGCAAACUAUUAUUACUGAGAUAUCUUGGAUCUUUAAUAUCAGCUAUUAGACAUCAGUCCUGCUGACCGAGUGAGCUUCUGCUUUGUAUGCAAUGAUCUGUUAGUUCAGGUAUUUGUUUUUUUUUGUUUUGUUUUGUUUUGUUUUGUUUUUGUUUUGUUUUAGCCAUCACGUAGCCUUUCUCACACACAGGAAUUCUGCACUGUUUUCUUUACACAUUUGCAGGUCGAUGACCCCAGAUAAGAAAGGAUUUAAAGAUUUCUCAGAUAUGUUUGUGCAGCCACAUACAACAGCUCUAACUGUGUCAGAUGUUUACUGAUUAUUUCACAGUCAGUUUCAGAGCAGAUUUUUUAAAAAUCUAAAGUGACUGAAAGGCGGGUGACAUUUUACAGCAACAAUAAAACACUUGCAGUAAGUUUCUUUUGCUACGAAAGCAGAUGAAUUCAUAACCUAAGCUUUGAACUUGGGUGACAUUAUUUCUACUAUAUGUACAAACUAUACAUGAUAUAAGUGCUUUAUUUGACAAACUACUCCUGAGCUUUGCCACGUUUUGCUGCCCUCACUCAGUCUUUGGUUCCUCUGAGCUCCUCAGCAUCCCCCACCUGCUCUGGCUGACAUCAUUCUAAUUUCAUUGCCAAAUGAUACCAGCUGUCAGCCUCCUCUUAUGACUUACAGCAGCAGUUAAUGAACAAAGAUGUUCUUAUCUCCUGACUUGUUUAAAAUCUUACAAAUUCCUGUGUAUACGCAGCAUGUACUGUAUACGCGUGUGCACCCACACAUGUCACAGAUGGCACUGUUUGCUUUUGAUUUUCUGUAUAUCUUUUUUCUUUGAAUAGUCUCUUCCUGUAGCAUGAGUGCAGUAAUAAGUUUUAAAAUUUUGAGUGAUCAGUUUCAUGUUUUUGAGCUGGCGUUAAUAAUAAUUAAUUGUGUAAAAUGUGUUUUUUUGCUUAUUGUAUUUGACUUCUUUUGUUUUGUGGUGUUGCAGUACACCCUUUGUAUGCAUGCUGAAGUUCUCAAAUACAUUAAGUUUUGAUUGCUAUGUCAUGUCUGUACAGUCAGACUAAAAACUCACCAUAACAGGAAACGGUGACGCAAAUGUCUGUGUGGAUUGAAACUGAUAUAAAUUUUGUCACAGGAGGGAAGUUGGUUGUAAGGCCAGUAUUAUAUUUAGAUUAACUUGCAGUCAUACACUACAUCAUUGUAUUAUUUCACUUUUGUAAAUAAAGUGUUACCCUCA